UGCCACGAAAAUACAAAGACAAACUCGAAAAAACAAAGAAAAAUUUAUACCGAAAAUCAAACCACAACACGCAUAUCGUGUUUCAAGAUUUUCUAAGAUUGUUUGGUAUCAAAAAUCGCAGUGAUCACCAUUUUCAUGAAAUGACAAUGAAUGAGUCUCCUCCACCACCUCCACCUCCAACUGCGUUGCCCAUGAAGCGCUUCAAGUUCGUAUGGCGCUUUCUCUUGCUCUCCAAUCUUGGACUUGGAGCUUUUCUGUUUGCAAGGGCAAAACGGAGAGAUUCAAUGGAGAUUCAUAGAAAAAAAACAGCACAUAGAUUGCCCAAGGCCAAAGUUGAAGUUCCUCCUGAACUCCCCACAAGUUCAGCGGACCUAACCUAUGAUGAUUUCUUGUUCCCAGUCCCAAUGCCUGUCGAAGCGCGGGCUCCAAUUCCUGAAGAACAACAGCGUGAAGUUUUCGAGUGGAUGCUGGAAGAGAAAAGAAAAGUGAAACCAAAGGAUGCUAUGGAGAAAAAACAAAUUGACGAAGAAAAGUACAUUCUUAAGCAGUUCCUGCGUGCAAAGUCCAUACCCAAGUUUUAAUUUCCUCUUAACUCUUUCAUUAUUAAUAACUGGUAGAUUAAAGUUCUGACUUUGACGCGCUGGUCUCUUCAGAAGUUCAUUAUUUGCUGAAUAGAACAGCAACAGUUUAAUGGCAUUGCAUUUCCAUGAAUUUUAAGGAAGCAAGCAUCAACUUAACCUAACUUCAUUCUUGUAAGUUGUAACGUGUUGUGCAUUGAGAGAUAACUGUAGCCUUCGUCUUAUUCAUUGGAACAUGGAUAUUAUGCGAGUAUAUUAGUGUUAUAUCAACAAUUUCGUUUCUUUUUUGCUCCA